UUGUAUGAUGCCUAAUUGCCUAUAUAAAUACAGAAACAAGUUGAAGAGAAUUUAUCGUAAUUGUAUCAUACCAUUCCACAUCUAGAAUGGCUCCCCAAGAACAGCAACUCCACUUUGUCUUGUUUCCAUUGAUGGCCCAAGGCCACAUGAUACCUAUGAUGGACAUUGCUAAAAUAUUGCUGCACCGCAAUGUUAUUGUCACUGUAGUCACAACACCACAAAAUGCAUCUCGUUUCACCUCAAUCUUUGAUCGUUAUAUUGAAUCUGGUUUUCAAAUCAGAUUAGCUCAACUUCAAUUCCCAUGCAAAGAAGGUGGAGCCCCAGAUGGAUGCGAGAAUCUUGAUAUGAUCCCUUCACUUGGCAUGGCCGCGACUUUCUUCAAUGCAACAAACUUUCUACGACAACCAGCGGAAAAACUAUUUGAAGAGUUAACACCACCACCAAGCUGCAUAAUCUCUGAUAUGUGUUUAACAUACACAAACCACAUUGCUAAAAAAUUUAAUAUCCCCAGGAUUUCUUUUGUUGGAGUAAGUUGCUUCUAUCUCUUUUGCAUGUCUAAUAUACGCAUCCAUAAUGUUGCGGAGAGCAUAGCUACUGAAUCCGAGCACUUUCUUGUGCCUGGAAUACCUGACAAAAUUGAAAUGACCAUAGCAAAGACAGGACUAUCAAUGAAUGAAAGCAUGAAACAGGUUACUGAUAGAGUGUUUGCAGCUGAAAUGGAAUCUUAUGGGAUGAUCAUGAAUUCUUUUGAAGAGUUGGAGGCAGCAUAUGCAGAGGGAUACAAGAAGAUGAGAAACGAUAAAGUGUGGUGUUUCGGACCACUAUCAUAUAGUAACAAGGAACACUUGGAUAAGGCUCAAAGAGGUAAAAAGGCCACCAUUGACGAGUGCCACUUGAAAUGCUGGCUUGAAUGUCAAAAACUAGGGUCUGUCAUGUAUGCAUGCUUUGGAAGCCUAUGUAAUUUAAUACCUCAACAGUUGAUAGAGCUUGGUUUAGGCUUAGAAGCAUCAGAAAGACCCUUCAUUUGGGUUAUCAGGGACGGAAGUCAAUCAGAAGCAUUGGAAAAAUGGAUCAAGGAAGAUGGAUUUGAGGAAAGGACCAAUGGUAGAAGCCUUCUGAUUCGGGGUUGGGCUCCUCAGUUGUUAAUAUUAUCUCACCCUGCUAUUGGAGGCUUUAUAACACACUGUGGUUGGAACUCUACCUUAGAAGCAAUAUGUGCUGGGGUGCCAAUGGUGACGUGGCCACUGUUUGCUGAUCAGUUUUUGAAUGAAAGUCUAGUUGUUGAAAUAUUAAAAGUUGGAGUAAAGGUUGGGGUGGAGAAUCCUGUUACAUGGGGAGAAGAAGAGGAAGUUGGUGUGCUGGUGAAGAAGGAAGAUGUUGAAAAGGCAAUUGGGAAGUUAAUGGAUGAGACAAAUGAAAGUGAAGAAAUAAGAAAAAGGGUAAGAGAGCUUGCUGAGAAGGCUAAGAGAGCUGUAGAGAAAGGGGGAUCCUCUCAUUUUAAUGUCACCUUGCUGAUCCAGGAUAUCAUGCAAAAGAUCAAGAGAGAGGUGUGAUAAUAUCGGUUACCAUAUAUAUAAAAUGAUUUGAAA